AAAAUUAAAAUUAAAAUUAAAAAAUUAAACAUUUUCCACUUCCUUCUUUCUCUCUUUCAGAGAGAUAACGAACGAGAGGUCGAUUUUCGUUUGUCUCCUUCUUCGUUCACUUGUAUAUAUAUAUAUUUCUUUCCUUCUUUCAAAAGCCAGAAGUCUAAUGUCUUCUUUGCCUCUCCCAUUAUUCAGCGGCAAAUCUUCUUCUCCUUCGUUUUCUUAUUCUUUGGUUCCGUUUCAGCGACUCGAUCUCUUUCGAUCUACUUCAACAACUAGGAGUUUCUCUUGCGUGUUUUACUCCUUGAAAGCUAAGGCAAUGGCUGAGCUCAUUCAAGAUAAGGAAUCCAUUGUGGCCGCCGCUGGUGGCAGUGGAGGCUGGAGGCCGGAGGUUGAGCAUUCCCGUACCUUCCUUGAAGCUCGCUCCGAGCAAGAACUCUUAUCUGGAAUUAGGAAGGAAGUAGACGCAGGAAGGCUACCUCCAAAUGUGGCAGCAGGAAUGGAAGAAUUCUAUCAGAAUUAUAGAAAUGCAGUUUUUCAAAGUGGAGAUUCCACAGCUGGUGAAAUUGUGUUGUCAAACAUGGCUGUUGCGUUUGACCGUAUGCUUUUGGAUGUAGAGGAUCCUUUUGUCUUUGAACCGUACCACAAAGCUUUGCGAGAGCCAUUUGACUACUACAUGUUUGGUCAAAAUUAUAUUCGGCCUUUGAUUGAUUUCAGAAAUUCAUACGUUGGCAAUCUUUCUCUUUUCUAUGAAAUAGAAGAGAAGCUUAAGCUGGGUCACAAUAUUGUACUUAUAUCAAACCACCAAACUGAAGCUGACCCAGCCGUCAUUGCAUUGAUGCUUGAGAAAACAAAUCCCUAUAUUGCUGAGAACAUGAUCUAUGUUGCAGGGGAUAGAGUCAUAACAGAUCCUCUUUGCAAGCCUUUCAGCAUGGGAAGGAAUCUUAUAUGUGUGUACUCCAAAAAUCACAUGUAUGAUGUUCCUGAGCUUGCUGAGAUGAAAAGAAAAGCAAACAUACGAAGUUUGAAAGAGAUGGCUUUGCUGCUAAGGGGUGGCUCGAAAAUAGUAUGGAUUGCACCAAGUGGUGGCAGGGACCGCCCAGAUCCCCUUACAGGAGAAUGGUAUCCAGCACCCUUUGAUUCUUCUUCAGUGGACAAUAUGAAAAGGCUCAUAGAACAUUCAGGUGCUCCAGGGCAUAUAUAUCCCUUGGCUCUAUUAUGCUAUGACAUCAUGCCCCCUCCAGUCCGGGUAGAAAAAGAAAUUGGAGAAAAAAGAAUCAUCAACUUUCAUGGGGCUGGAUUAUCAGUAGCUCCAAAAAUCAGCAUCCCAGAAAUUGCUGCUGGCUGUGAAAAGCCCGAAGAGGCAAAGGAUGUAUAUACACAAGCUCUGUACAAGUCUGUAAGCGAGCAAUACAAUGUCCUCAAAUCUGCCAUACAUGGCAAACAAGGGUUAGAGGCAUCAACGGCAGGUGUCUCUUUGUCUCAGCCAUGGAACUAGUCAACUGCAGGUUUCUCUCUCUCUAUGCGAUGAGGUUCACCUACGAAACUUGAUGUAAAUCUUUUUUCCAAAGAUCUCAAGCACUUUUACCAGCUGCAUCUUCCCAUUUGCUAAACCGACUAAAAACAAAGAACGAGAAUGCUCUCCCUUAACUCUUUUUAGUUGUUUGUUUUCUAUGUGGAAUACAAAAUCUAGGUUGGAUUGAAACCUCCAAGACACCAAUGUCGCCUGACAAAUGAGGAGUGAGGUCACGCGCCACCCCUAUCUGCUCUUCCACCGGGAAACAAGUGCUGCUUUCAGGUGCAGUCCCAACCUUUCAGGAGUCCUUAAUUUUAGGUCCCACUUUUGUUUGAUUUUGGAACAUUUCUUUUUGUAUAAUCGGGAAGGAAUAGACUGAGAUAGGAUUAUAAUUUUGUUUUAAUAAAAUUUUCUUUUAUUUUGUUUAUGUUACUCUGAUCAUAAUCUGCAACCGAAUUCUAUAUUGUAUUAAUUAAUGCUACAGAGGUAAAUUAAAUUUUCAUAAAUGCAGUGAGGUCUUUUUGUGAAAAAUGUAACUUUUUGUAUUUUCUAUUGUAAUAACUUUUGCUAAG